CUGAAUGAGUGGGUGAAUGAGUCCGUGAACAUAUUGGGGAAGACAAGAGGAUGAAUUUUGGGGAUGUUUACUAUCUGAAAUGGCUCUGAAAGGAACGGGAGCAGAUAAAGUGAGCCGGUGUGUCAGUGUGACCGAACCCCGGGGAGAGUAGCCAAAAUCUGGAAACUGUGUCAAACUUUGUGGCUGUCUGGCCCUUCAGUGUGCAGGUGGAGCCAGAGGCAGCAGUGAGGAUGGGGGGCGGAGGCCAGCUGACGGAGCCAGCAGAGCAGAGCGGCAGCGGGCGAGCUGGUGGUGUGUACACCUGGGAGGAGGUGCAGAGUCACUGCAGCAGGAAUGACCAGUGGCUGGUGAUCGAUCGAAAGGUUUACAACAUCACGCAGUGGGCCAAGAGCCACCCAGGAGGGAUCCGGGUCAUCAGCCACUAUGCUGGAGAGGAUGCCACGGAGGCGUUUACUGCGUUUCAUCCCGAUUUAAAGUCUGUGCGAAAGUUUCUUAAGCCCCUGCUGAUCGGAGAGCUGGCAGUGACAGAGCCCAGCCAGGACCGAAACAAAAAUGCAACAAUCAUACAGGAUUUCCACACUUUACGUGCCCGGGCAGAGAGCGAGGGCCUGUUUGAAGCUCGGCCUUUGUUCUUCUGCCUCCACCUGGGUCACAUCCUGCUGCUUGAGGCCCUCGCCUGGCUCAUCAUCUGGGUCUGGGGAACUAGCUGGACAAUGACGCUUCUGAGCUCCAUCAUGCUGGCGACCGCUCAGUUGCAGGCUGGGUGGCUGCAGCACGACUUUGGCCACCUGUCUGUCUUCAAGAAGUCCAGCUGGAAUCACAUAUUGCACAAGUUUGCCAUCGGCCAUUUGAAGGGAGCGUCUGCCAACUGGUGGAAUCACCGGCAUUUCCAGCACCAUGCUAAACCCAACAUCUUCAGUAAGGACCCUGAUGUCAACAUGUUGCACAUCUUUGUAGUUGGAGCCACUCAGCCAGUGGAGUACGGCAUAAAAAAGAUCAAAUAUAUGCCCUACCACUACCAACACCAGUACUUCUUUCUUGUUGGACCACCGCUGCUCAUUCCAGUUUACUUCCACAUUCAGAUAAUACGCACCAUGAUUUCCCGUCAUGACUGGGUGGAUCUGGCUUGGUCCAUGUCUUACUACCUGCGCUACCUGGGCUGUUACAUACCCAUGUAUGGCCUAUUUGGCUCAGUGGUGCUCAUCAGCUUCGUCAGGUUUUUGGAGAGUCACUGGUUCGUGUGGGUGACUCAGAUGAAUCAUCUGCCGAUGGACAUUGACCACGAGAGGCACCAGGACUGGCUGUCUAUGCAGUUACAUGCCACCUGUAAUAUCAAGCAGUCCCCCUUCAACGACUGGUUCAGUGGACACCUCAACUUUCAAAUUGAACACCAUUUGUUUCCCACAAUGCCGCGCCACAACUACCACCUGGUGGCCCCACUGGUCCGUGCACUGUGUGAGAAACAUGGGAUUCCUUACCAGGUGAAAACAAUGUGGCGAGGCCUCGCUGAUGUUUUCAGGUCACUGAAAAAUUCAGGCGACCUCUGGCUUGACGCAUAUCUCCAUAAAUGAUUUUAUUCUCAACAGCCUACAAGGAGUGCUCUUUUUUCUCCUCUUCUGCAUCAUAAAUCGAUUGUAUCCGUUUGGUUUUAUAAUCCAGUUAAUAGUGUGGGAAUGAUCUUUU